UGGUCUCAGCACUCAGCUCCUCCAGGCCUCCCUGCUCCACUAGCCUCCGACCCCUGGGGAGUGCAGGCAAUGUCCAUGGGCAUGGGGAUGGCAGACGGAGGUGAGGUGGCCCCUGGGGCCCCCAAGCCCACCCACAUUGAGGUGCACGUCCACCAGGAGCCUGUGCUGAACCUGAGCUUCCUGCUGCGCUCUUCUGCCCCCGAUGCCGCCCCCCACACCCCGGGCAGCAGACGGGUGCUGGUGGCCUCCUGGGUGGUGCAGAUCGUGCUGGGGCUGCUGAGCGGGUUACUAGGAGGAUUGGGCUGCAUCACAUUCUACAAUAACUGGUCUCUCACGAGGGUGUGUGCCACUGGCAUCUGGACAGGAGUUGUGGCUGUGCUGGCUGGAGUCGCUGUCUUCAUUUAUGAGAAAAGGGGUGGCACCUGCUGGGCCCUGCUGAGGACCCUGCUAGCCCUGGCAGCUUUCGCCACAGCCAUUGCAGCCAUCUCCACUGGGGCAUAUUAUUUCCAGGGAGUAUUCUACGAGUUCAUGGAUGAACUCUGUGAUAGCACCCCCUCCUGGAGGACCCCCCUGCCCACCAGCACUCCCGAAGAAGCCAGCAGGCUGCACCGGUGCCUGUCCUACCUGCACAUGGCCACAGCCCUGUCCCUGGGCCUUCAGGCCAUGCUGUUGAGUAUCUGGGUUCUGCUGCUUCUAACAUCUCUGGCCCCCCUGUUUCUGUACUGCUGGAGAAGACGCCAACCCAAGGAGGAAAAAGACCAAAAGCCACUGCUGGGAGUGAGUCCAAUCUAGCCCUGCCUCUCCUGAGUACUCACGCCUGGAGCUCCC